AUGGUUCUCCUCCCAGGGGUCAUCGCCGUUGCGCUCUCCACUACCGCCGAACCGGCCUCUGACGACCCCAUUCUGCAAUGCCUCAACCACGAGAUUGAAGCUCAUCGGAACCUCGUGCUCAACUCGCCUGAUAAGGCCCUUGAGAUUGCUGACGCGAAAUUACGCGUUUUCCCCUUCAAGGAUGUCGAGAUCUGUUGGCGACGGCUCUACACGGACGCGAGCAUCGUCAAGGCUUGUCUUCAGAUCUGCAGCAACUGUGGCUUGUUGAGCGAGAGGAACUCGAACUCUGAUGGCGAGAAAGACCAGAUUGUAUGGCUGUCUCAUCUGAUCGAGGACCUUAAUCGUAUACAAGACGCCGGGGAAGGGAUCAAGGUGGACUCGACCGCACCAUGGCUCUCGCCGACGAUACACAUCCUCGAUAAAGCCCUAAUCAUGACGGGCGCUCCUUUGCGUGAAACACUCAUAGAAUCUCUCCUCGAUGCUCUACAGAGUGCGAUCUUGUCUUCGAACACCGAAAAUGCGGCCUCGGUGGACGACCCCGAAACCGUCGACGAAGCUGUACGCCCCGCUGCGAAGCGCCGAAAGACCUCCCCUCCUCUUUUCCCUCCAGACUCGAUCCCUGCACCCCAGAUAGAGCAUCCUGUCACGCGUGUCUCUGCGCCAUCCUUCAGCGCUAUCGAACAUCAUAUUCAUUCGGUCCGAACGCCCCUGGUGAUAACCGACGCGGUGGAACACUGGCCAGCGAUUUCGACGCGUCCUUGGGCCUCGCGGGACUACUGGUUCGGACGCACCCUGGGCGGUCGACGGCUCGUGCCUGUGGAAAUCGGCAGAUCGUACACCGACGAGGGUUGGGGUCAGCGGAUCAUGGAGUUUGGCGAGUUUGUUGACCGAUACAUCUGGCGAGGGGACGACGCCAACGGGGGCGAUGGCGAUGACGACGGGCCCCAAACCGGCUAUAUGGCACAGCAUGACCUGCUCUCCCAGAUUCCUACCCUGCGUAAGGAUAUCUGCAUCCCCGACUAUUGUUACAUCGAUCCACCCAGCCCAGAACCCGGCACGCCGGUCUACCUGAAGAAGCGCCGCGAGCAGGAGAAACGGACCAAGGACAUCGACUCCGAAGCCAUGUCCACCACUUCAGACCAUGAACGUCACGAAAACGACAGUGCAUCACACCACUCCUCAGACAUGGGCCUCCCUAGCGAACCGAUCAUCAAUACUUGGAUCGGUCCGUCGUGGACUAUAUCCCCUCUUCAUCAUGAUCCGUACCACAACAUCCUCGUGCAGGUCGCGGGAACCAAAUACAUCCGUCUCUACUCCCCACACACUCCAGCCUCGCAGAUCCAUCCCAAGGGAAUGGAAUCCGUCAACGAGACCUCGUCGCCAGAGGUCAGAAACGACCACUCGAACCCGACUCACCACGGAGAAAAGGGCCCCGAUCAGCAACCGCAGCUGAUUGACAUGUCCAAUACCUCCCAGGUCGAUCUUGCGGCGAUUGAGCUCUCUCCUGCCGAAUCCGAGCAGUGGGACGCCAUGUGGCCGGGUUUCCUACAGGCGGAAUACGUCGAGACCGUGCUGAGGGAGGGCGAAAGUCUUUAUAUCCCCGUGGGGUGGUGGCAUUACGUUCGGGGCUUGAAGGCUGGUGUCAGCGUGAGUUUUUGGUGGGGGUAG